AUGCGUUCGCUCUCAUGGAUAGGCUUGACUUGCGUGCACGCAGUUGUGGCUUUCUUCAACGCACUAACGUUAUACGGAUACUACUACUGGAACCUGCAGGAUACCUACCUCAACGUCCUUCUGGUAUCGUUUCAAAUCGGUUUGCCGCUCGAGAAUGGCCGUGCAGUCGCAAUCGUCCACAUCAUUAUGGCGGUCCUACACGGAUUCUGCAUUUUGCUGAUGCUCGGCGGAUCGAUCUGGAAUCGUUCGUUGGCUUUCACUCCAUGGGCUUCGUGCACUGCCGAGGUCAAGACCGAAGAAGUAAAAUCUUCAGAUCGAACACGUUCAAGAAUCACUCGGAGCUUCACCACAGUUUACGCUAAAGUCUCGGAUCGUCAUGGGCUUUUAGGUGUUAAUGGCAGGCACUUCCACACAAUUCAGCUAUGCCGGGAACUCGUCGAAACUACGCUACAAACCCGCCAAGCAUAUCGUAUGAGCAUGUUGCUACGUCGUGCACUACUUAACCGCAUCUACGUCGUCUUGAUCGUGAUGAACUGCUGGGCGCCGGCCAUUGUGAACACGUGGCUCUUUAAGGGUGACGAGGCUUGUAAGCGGUACACCAUCAUCCUGUCGGAUUGCGCUCUUAACCUCAUAUCGUACGUCGGUGUGGCGAUUAUCGUCAUUGUGGGGUAUACCGGGGACUACGAUCUGACACUCUGGGGAUUCGACUAUCUUACCUGGUACAACGAGCUUCAAAUGGUCAUCGUGGUCUCUUGGAUGGAUCUGGCGACUCGCAGUAUCUUCUCGUUGAGUCUGAUCGCCACAACUACCAACAUGAAGGAGCUGCUCCAGCGUCUACCGCAUAAGAAAAAUCGCAUUGGCCAGUCGGUCUUCACGGCUCCAUCAUCCUUCGACAUUGCAACAAUCAAAACUAUCCCGUCAACUCGUGGGCGAUUUUUCUGCUAUGACUCCAAGCUGCUGGCUCAAUUCGAAAAACUGACUUUGCACUCGGGUCACAUUCUAUUCGGGAUUUGGGGCGCAGUGGUGCUUGCAUUUCAUAUCCAAGCUUCGACGCAGCCAUUGCUAUCCCAAUGCCUAAUUCAUGUGAGACCGUGGGGUGUUUCUCGUCCGUCCUGCUUCUUGGCGGGGCUUGAUUGCUACACUUUGGGCAUAUCUGGUCUGGCGGAUGAAGUGGACAAGGAUUGGAGCGAGUUCGAUAGCUUCGCUGUGGUUCAAGUGUUGAUUCGACACUGUCCAGCUCUUGAAGUACCCGCUCGACUCAGCGAGUUUCACAGUCUCAGAGCGAUCAAAGUGUACAAUACGACUAUUGUAGAUUGGGGGAAAUCGGCUGCUCUUACAUCAACGAACCACCCAAACUUGCUGUCGUUGUUCCUCAUUCGAGUCAAUAUGACGGACGGUGUUCUCCCCGCUGGGUUUCUUACGCCCGACUUCCCACCGUCAGUGUACGAUGUGGAGUUUUGCGUUAGCAAUCUGCGGGAGCUGCCGGAUGAUUUAGAUACUAAAUGGCUCACGACAUCCGAACCUGGCACGGGCAACCCGAUAACUGAGAUCCCGCCCGGUGUGUUCGAGAUUGAUAAUACCUACCUUAUCGGAAUCAGCGACUUGGAUAUUCAAGAGCUGCCACGCAAUGUGACCAAGUUAUCUGUGGGCUUAGCUUGGGCCUUCAUGCGUGGAACCAAUGUGUCGUUCUUCUGGGACUGGGCUGUGAGCUCUCUUCCCUCUGGCGGAGGAAUGUUCCACUCUUUGUUUUACGAAGACAGCAUCAACGCCAUCAGCACUCCACCCCAGUUGAUAACGGUUUAA